AUGGCCGCUUCACCAGCUUCGACGUCUUCGACACCAUCGCCCACUCGCUCUUCGCCACCACCAGCCCCCCCAAAACAACGUACCAGUCGCAAAGCCGUACUGGAAGUCUUUCGGGAGCGUGCCCGUCGUAAAUUCCUCGUUGAAUGCCGGGACCAGGUCGAUAGUCAUGUUAUGCGACCUCUAGCCACCCACCCGCGUCCCCGAGUCAACACCUCGCGCACCGGUCCGUCGAGCCGCUGCAUGCUCGUCCGCGAAGCACCCCAACAAGCCAUGCAUCCGCAGGAUAUGCCUGUGGAUGAAGCUGGCGGAAGCGCCGGCGGAAGGCCUCUCGUUCCGGCGGGUCACCCGGCAGAUGACUGUUCCGUCCCUCCCCGACGCCUCCUCACUGGCUCGUGA